ACUACCUUCGGAAAACUAUCCACCGUCAUCAAAAUAAGAGUAUGUAGGCAAAAAAAAAAAAAUGCCUAAAAAACCUUACCAGUUAACAUACGAAGUGGAAGAAGUAAUCUUAGGAUUAACGGUGGGAAUCGCAAUUAUACUAACCCAACUUCCUAAUGAGAAAACCAAAGGAGGGUUAGUUCCGAGCAUCUUCUUUAAAGGUAAGCCUUCGUCGUUCCAUGCUUUCGUCGUAGCUCUCAACUUGGCCUUUUUCGGUUCAUUCGUAACAAUCAACCUUCGUAAAAGGUAUCCAAGGAUUGCAAGGUCUUCCCUCCUCUUUUCUAUUUUUUCAUUGCUUUUAGUAUUUGCCAUACCCCUCUGCCUCAUGUUACCUCCUUCUCUUGAUUGGUUUUUAACCAAACAUACUACUAAAUAAUAGUGUAAUAUAUAUUAUGCCUAGUCUGAAAAAACUAAUUCAAGAGCUUAUUGUAAGUAUUGGUGAUAGUUUUCUUUAAUUAUUACAAGUGUUGUAAAAAAGUGUUUGUAUUGAAGAGCCAUUGAGAAUCAUAAAAAUUGUUAACAUCAAAAUUGGGCUUCAUCGAAAUACCAUCAAGGAGCAAUCAUCUAAUUUUCUUAUCCAAAUUUGAAACUGCAUGGCCAUCGAAAUCCAUUGGACACAAUCAGAAAAAAAUUAUGCAAAAAUAUGAAAAACGGCUCAAAAUAUAUGUAUCGAUCGUACUUUAAAGCUAUGCUUUUAAAAUGGUGUUAUUUUUGUGAGAAAAUGAGAAUGAAGUUUCGGCUAAGAGAGAGAGUUUGUGAGAACGAAUAUCUGUGAAUCAUGAUGACAAUGGUAUUUUUGUCCGAAAAUACAUUUGAAUCAUAUUUUUGAAAUAUUGGAAAUUUGGAGCAUAAGUUUUUGAUCAAUGGGCUAAUUAAGCAUAAAAUCUAUAAAUUUCCUUUCGAAAAAAGAGUUUCCAAUUAUUUGAGAUGUCUAGUUUUAAAUAUUUCUUUUCGAAUUAAGGAGCGGUGAUAAUAAGGCUAGCGGGGCUUUUAUAUUCUAAAUUAAAAAUAAAAAUAAAUUCUAUCAGCUCAAAUUAUUAGAAGAAUCUUUAGAUUAUUAUUCUCCAAAAAAAAAUCUAUUCAUUAGAAUAUAAAUAAAAAUUUACAAAACAAUUUAAAAAUUACGCAUCUCGAAAACGUCGAGACCCAAACCAUUAUUAAGCUUCUCACCCGUGACUUGAAGAAGGGUAGGUUUAUUCUUGGAUAUUAUUUGGAGGAAAUUAUGUAGAACAUGAACUUUUAUUUUUUCUUUUCAUAAAUAUGAAGAAAUUAAGAUUUUACUAAAUUUAUGGCGGUUUUCUAUUCUAAGCUAAUUAUGUGAAAAAUUAUUUCCAUACUUUUAUGUUUUUUUUUUUUUAAAUAAUUCUAUUUUUUAGGUAUGAUGACUUUCAUAUUAAGGAUAUUCGUGUAAUUGUAUAGAUCUUUAUUUUAUUUUUUAAAAAAAAUUGUCUUGUUGUUAUCCUCAUCAAUUUCUAUUUUUUGUUUUUUUUUUGUUUCUUUCUUUGGGCACUGAUGACCAGGAUGAUACUUUUUUUUUUCUUUCUCGGUUGAUUUUUCAUUGUUUGUAUAGAUGAAAAAGCCACAUUGGAUAUAUGUGUUUUCCAAUGUUGAUAGUUAUGGUGGUACCUGAAUUUUAUGGCAAAUUGAAAGUGGGCAAGUAUAUUUGUAGGCUUAAGAAUAAAUUAUUUUCAAUUUUGCAUACACUUUUAAGCAACAUAUAUUAUAUCUGUUUUGUAUAAUGUUUCUUAGGCUUAGUUUUUCAUGAUGAUUGGCUUAAUGUGUGUCUUCAUAUAUUCAGAUGAAUAUAAAUAUAUAGGGACCUGUUGCGGUGCAUUUAUUUUUUUGGCACGGUAAAUUAUUAAGAAUUUUUUAAAAAUUUGUAGAAUAUCUUAAAUGAUUUCAAUGUAUACUGUCAUAUACAAAAAAUUAGAAAAAAAAUUAUUGAAGUGUAGAAAAUAUAAAAUAGCUGUAAGUCUUACCCUAAAUAUAUAUAUAUAUACAUAGUUAUAUACUAGCCAUGUCUUAAUGUCACAAUUGUUAUAUAGUUUCAAUAAUGUGGAGUUUGCUUAUGGGUUAUAUCUCUCAGUUUUUGUGCGAUUUUUUUUAUAACCAUGUAUAUUGUAGCUAUUUAGAGUAUCUUUCAAAUUUUUAGAAAAUUUUAAAUAAUUUAUAAUGCUGAAAACAAAGUUCCACUACAAGAAAAAGAGUUUUUAGAGUCGGAAAUAUUACCGACGGACUAAGUCCGUCGGUAAUGUACAGUAUAUUAGUGGCGGAGUACUGGAUCUGCCGCUAAUCAUGGGGAAAUCAAAAUAAAAAAUUAACUUUUUUUAUUAGCGGCGGACUUUCCCAUUAUUAGAGGCGGAUUGUCCGCCGCUAAUACAAUACCCAGGAACAGUUUCAAAUUUAUUAUCGGCGGGGUUAUGGUGAUAGCGGCAGGACCCGCCGGCGGGUUAUGGUGAUAGCGGCGGGACCCGCCGGUAAUAGUGCACUACCGGCGGAUUAAAUGCGACAGGACCAGCCGGUAAUAAUAUUAUAUAGAGAGCCUUCGGCCUCCCUUGGCAGAUCUCUGUUUGUUCUUCGUCUUCUAACAUUUUUUGAGAGCCAUCUUCUUCUUCUUCUUCAACGCUCCUCCGUCGUUGUUCAUCAACGCGCCGCCCCUGACCAGCAGCUACACUACACCCACAGUCAUCGUCGACCUCCUUACACCUCACGCACCAACUCUCCGCUCCUCAACUCAACUCAGCUACCACACUGUGUGUCUUGAUCUUUCUUGAAGGUGUUUAUCAAAUUCCUCUCCAAGUAUCUUUCAAGCUGAAGUGUCGAGAAGAAAGGGUCGUGGCCUGGCUAAUAACAUACCAUUUGAAAUUUGAAGGCGAAAUGUCGGGAAACCACUAGAUCUUCAGCUUGAUCCUAGGACGGAAAAAGUGGUUGGCUUGGAGGACCAAGCUUUUGUCCGCAAGAUAGGCCUCCAAGUCACCUUGUUGUUGCCAGGACAUUAUUUGGAUUUCGCUGAUGUACCUCAACAAUUUAAGGAACGAGCCGUACAAAGGAUGAAGCAUUUUUAUAAUGUUGAUGAUCAUCCAGAACCCGAGAGAGUUAUGAAAACUAUCUACACAGAGAUGCGCAAAAGAUAUUCUGAGAGAAAGAACAUCAGACAUACUCACUUCAAAAAAUAUUACUCUAAUUCGGAAGAUUUGCAGAGUGUUUUAGUUGCCCCACCUGACCAUUGCUCCAAGGAGAGUUGGAAAGAUAUUGUUCAGUUUUUUUUUAGCCCAAAAUUUAUUGCGCGAUCCAACCAAAACAAGAAAACAGAAAAGAAGUGAAGUAUACAUCGACACAAGGCACAAAAUCGAUGGCAGCUAAGUGUCACCAAUUUGCGAACCAUGAUGAACAUGUUAUUGAUACUUGGAAAGAUAGCCAUUUGAGAAAAUUGACAAAAGUUUUUGUCAACGACACGGCUCGAGAAACUUUUGAAAAAAUGACGGAAGAGCUUGAGAGGGCACGACUUCAAAGCCAGUCUCAAGGACCGACGGAGGGAACUGAAACUGGAUUUGCUGCUGAAUCCUCGUCGAUCGAUCAGUACGAGAUUAUGAGUAAAGUACUUGGGGAGAGGUCUGACUUUCAAAGAGGAGUAGGUUACAACAAAGGCAAAGGGAAAAAAUCAGCUUCCAGCUCCACAAGUCAAAGUCAGUCACAGGCCCAACCUACUCAUACACCUCAGGAAGACAUGGCUACUAUGGCGGAAAUGAUGAAGUCAAUGCGUGAAGAGAUCCGGAUGUUGAAAUCUCAACAAGGUCCAUCUGGUAAUCCUCAGCAUACCAGUACAGAAACUGAGUCGCGGUUUGAAAGCCUUCUCCAACGAUAUUUACCAUCACAACCUGAAGGUGGUAUAUCUUCUCAAAGUCCACCUCCUUGGUCGAUGCCACAACAACAACAACAUUUGUAUCCACCUCAACAGAAUUAUCCAAACAUGUAUGGACGCUCCUCCCAGUCCCCUCCUUUUUAUUACCCCGACGUCCCUGCAGGAUCUCAGACGUCACAUCCUAGGCGUCGUGACUUCGGGGAUUCAUCACAGCAACAACAUCCACAGCAAAUGUAUGGUCAAUUUGUGAGUUCGUCGUAGCAGCAGAAGUAUGGUCAGUUUGGGAGUUUUUUGCAUCAGUCUCCCUCGCCGCGACCACAUACUCGACAAUUUAGAUCAUCUUCGCAGCAACACUCUCCACAAGCACCACAGUUUGCUUCACCACCGUUGCCGCGCCCUAAUACUAGUGAUCAAGAUAUUGACCUUAAUGAAUAUUUUACACCUAGUUAGCCCGAUCAAAACAAUAAUAAUUAGAUUAUGUUUUUUAAUUAUAUUAAGACAAUUGAAAUUUUAUUAUGUUUAUUUUAUAAUUAGUUCAUAUGUAAUUAAAAUGAGACAAUUGGUAUUUUAUUAGGUUAAUUUUAUGAUUAAUUACAAUGUUAUUUUUGUUU